AUGGCCUCAAAGGCUGGUGAAAAGAGCAUCUCUGCAUAUGGAGAGGCUCGUUCGACCCUGGAGGGGAAGCCCUUGGAUGCCGAGACCAUCCGGAAGAUGAAUGCCUACUUCCGGGCCAGCAUGUAUCUAUGCCUGGGCAUGCUUUAUCUCCGCGACAAUCCGCUGCUCAAGGAACCUCUCAGACUAGAACAUCUCAAAGCCCGUCUCUUGGGUCAUUGGGGAUCCGAUGCAGGGCAGUCUUUCACCUGGAUGCACAUGAACCGUCUCAUCAAGAAGUAUGAUCUCGAUGUGCUCUUUGUCUCUGGUCCAGGCCACGGCGCUCCUGGCAUUAUUUCCCAAUCCUACCUGGAAGGGGUUUACUCGGAGGUCUAUCCGGAUAAAGCGGAAGAUGCAGAGGGUAUGAAGAAGUUUUUCAAACAGUUUUCAUUCCCCGGUGGCAUUGGAAGCCAUGCAACUCCUGAGACACCUGGAAGUAUCCAUGAAGGUGGUGAGCUGGGAUAUUCGAUAUCACACGCCUUCGGUUCCGUCUUUGAUAACCCAAACCUGAUCACUCUGACCAUGGUCGGUGAUGGAGAGUCCGAGACUGGACCGUUGGCGACUAGCUGGCAUAGCACAAAGUUCUUGAACCCUAUUGUUGACGGAGCCGUGCUACCUGUCCUACACUUGAAUGGAUACAAGAUCAACAAUCCAACCGUCCUUGCCCGAGUGAGCCAUGAAGAGCUCACGUCCUUGUUUUUCGGCUACGGAUGGAAGCCGUACUUUGUGGAGGGAAGUGACUUUGACAGCAUGCACCAGGCAAUGGCUGUCACACUUGAACAAUGUGUGAAGGAGAUCAAGGAAUACCAGAAGAAAGCCCGAGAUUCGAAUACUCCUUUCAGGCCUCGCUGGCCCAUGAUUGUUCUUCGCACUCCCAAAGGAUGGUCGGCCCCACGAGAAAUCGACGGCCACCACCUGGAGGGCUUCUGGCGUGCCCACCAGAUUCCAAUCACUGAUGUCCGGACUAAUCCUCCUCACCUCAAGCUCCUAGAGGAGUGGAUGAGAGGAUACAAGCCCGAGGAGCUAUUCGAUACGAACGGCAAACUGCACGCCGAACUCAAAGAGCUUGCACCUACGGGCAAUUCGCGGAUGAGUGCCAAUCCGGUCGGUAACGGUGGUCUUCUGCGUCGACCACUCAAUAUGCCCGACUUCCGAAAGUAUGGGUUCACGGACAUCGAUCCCGGAAGGUCAAUCAAGGGAGGCAUGGCUAAUAUGGCCAUAUUCCUCCGAGAUCUGGUAGCCCAGAACAUGCACAACUUCCGACUGUUCGGUCCCGAUGAAACGGAGUCCAACAAGCUGGCUGAGGUGUACAAAGCAGGAAAGAAAGUGUGGAUGGGAGACUAUUUCGAGGAAGACAAAGAUGGGGGCAACUUAUCACCUGAUGGCCGGGUGAUGGAGAUUCUGAGUGAACAUACCUGCGAGGGAUGGCUGGAAGGGUACAUUCUCUCCGGACGACACGGACUGCUCAACAGCUAUGAGCCUUUCAUCCACGUCAUCGACUCUAUGGUCAACCAACAUUGCAAGUGGAUUGAAAAGUGUCUCGAGGUCGAAUGGAGAGCCCGUGUUGCUUCUCUGAAUAUUCUCAUCACGGCGACAGUGUGGAGACAGGAUCACAAUGGCUUCACACACCAAGAUCCAGGCUUCCUCGACGUGGUGGCCAACAAAAGCCCGGAAGUAGUCCGCAUCUACCUCCCACCUGAUGGAAACACCCUUCUUUCAGUGAUGGAUCAUUGCUUACGCAGUGUGAACUAUGUGAACGUCGUAGUCGCCGACAAGCAAGAUCACAUCCAAUUCCUUAACAUGGACGACGCCGUUGCGCACUGCACGAAAGGUCUAGGAAUCUGGGACUGGGCCAGCAACGACCAAGGCGCAGAACCAGACAUUGUCGUCGCAUCUUGCGGUGAUGUAUCAACCCACGAAGCCCUCGCAGCAACAGCCCUGCUACGCGAGCAUCUUCCCGAGUUGAAGGUCCGAUUCGUCAACGUCGUUGAUCUCUUCCGGUUGAUUUCGACCCUCCACCAUCCUCACGGCAUGUCAGACAAGAAAUGGAAGGCCAUCUUCACCGACGACAAACCCAUUAUCUUCAACUUCCACUCCUACCCCUGGCUCAUCCACCGUCUCACCUACAAGCGGCCAGGUCAACAUAACCUGCACGUGAGGGGGUACAGGGAGAAGGGCAACAUCGACACUCCAUUCGAGCUAGCCAUGCGCAAUCAAACUGAUCGAUACAGUCUCGCCAUCGAUGCUAUUGACCUGGUCAAGUCUCUUGGAAACACUGCGUCUGGUGUGAGAGAGAGGCUUAUCAAUGAGCAACUUGCUGCCAAAGCAGUGGCUUUUGAUAAUGGCCUUGAUCCGGAAUAUAUUCGGAAUUGGAGUUGGCCUUGGCCAAAGAAAUAG